UUACAGGAAACAGCACUGAUUACAAGACUGAGAGUCUGACUCCUUUCACACAAAGACAUGUGUCAACUUUGACCUUUAACCCUUCAGCUGAAAACCACAACACCAAUGUGACCUGUAAAGUACACUUCACUGGCAAAAUAAUGAAAGAAGAGACUUUGGGUUUGAAUGUGAACUAUAUGAAAAAAGUUCAAAUCACUGGCAUCACAACUGUUAAAGAGGGAGACAAUGUGAAUCUGACCUGCAGUGUUGAAAGUUUCCCUCCAUCUCUGAUUUUAUGGUCUAAACUUGGUUCUGUCACAAACCUGCACAGUGACACUGGAUCAGCCAAACUUGCCAUCGAGAAUGUGACAACAGAAAAUUCUGGACAGUACAUCUGUACAGCAACACAUCUGGACACAACUAUGACUUCUUAUGUCAAUGUGACUGUGACUUAUAAAAGGAAACCUCAGAUCAUCGGGGAUACAACAAUCAGGGAGGGAGAUGUUCUGAAUUUGACCUGCAGUGUUGAAAGUUUCCCUCCAUCUCUGGUCAUGUGGUCUAAACCUACUUCUAACCCAAGCCGACACAAUGAAACCUACACUGACCCGCACAAUGACACCGGAUCAUCUACAGUUGUCAUCCCAAAUGUGACAGCAGAACAGUCUGGACAGUAUAUCUGUACAGCAACACAUCUGGACACAACUGUGACCUCUUAUGUCAAUGUGACUGUGACUUACACAAGAAAACCACAGAUCAUUGGAAACACAACUGUGAAUGAGGCAGAUGUCCUGAAUCUGACCUGCAGUGUUGAAAGUUUCCCUCCAUCCCUGGUUGUGUGGUCUAAACUUGGUUCCAACACAAACCUGCACAGUGACACUGGAUCAGCCAAACUUGCCAUCCUGAAUGUGACAACAGAAGAUUCUGGACAGUACAUCUGUACAGCUAAAUAUAUGAACACUACCCUCAAGGAUAAAUUCAACAUAACAGUGAUAUAUAAAAGGAAACCUCAGAUCAUCGGGAAUACAACAAUCAGGGAGGGAGAUGUUCUGAAUUUGACCUGUAGUGUUGAAAGUUUCCCUCCAUCUCUGGUCAUGUGGUCUAAACCUACUUCUAACCCAAGCCGACACAAUGGAACCUACACUGUCGCGCACAAUGACACUGGAUCAGCUACACUUGUUAUCGCAAAUGUAACAACAGAACAGUCUGGACAGUACAUCUGUACAGCAACACAUCUGGACACAACUGUGACUUCUAAUGUCAAUGUGACUGUGACUUAUACAAGAAAACCUCAGAUCAUUGGAAACACAACUGUGAAGGAGGGAGAUGUCCUAAAUCUGACCUGCAGUGUUGAAAGUUUCCCUCCAUCCCUGGUUGUGUGGUCUAAACUUGGUUCCAACACAGACCUGCACAAUGACACUGGAUCAGCUAAAUUUAUCAUCUCAAAUGCAACAGCAGACCAUUUUGGACAGUACAUCUGUACAACUAACUAUAUGGACUAUUCCUUGAAGGACAAAGUCAAUGUAACAGUGAUUUGUACAGAGUAA